GUGCACGUGUACAUCUAUUGUGUCACCUCGUAAUUCUCCUUUCCCUUAUAUGGAAGGUACGAGUGAAGAAGGCGCGGUAUUUUUCCUUACCCAAAAUAUGAGGUAAGCUUGAACUGCUUUAGCUUUAAAAGUCGUUCCUGGUAUUCGGCCGACGUAACCACCGAGAUACCUCGCACCUGUCCAAUUGCAUCAUACCUACAUGUAGGUAGGUAGAAUACCCCAGGCGGGGUUGUGCUUUCUCAACCCACCACAUACAUAUGAGAUGUAUCUAAGAGGUACUCAACUACAUGUACAUACCUACCUAUGCCAUGUGGACCGAUAAUCAGGUACAAUGCAAUAUACACCGCAGCUAUCCGUCUCCUUACAUCUUCGCAAACCUUACAUCUGCUUGCUUUGUUCUUUGAGAUAAAUACUUGCUCUUUCCAAUAGGAAACUACCCUCACUCCUUCAUCGUGUUAGCUCAAGCUUCGAAUCGCAUCGCUUUCUGCGCUACAAGGGCGUUCUCAUCCAUUAUAUACAUCUAUCAAACUUCAUCCUCAUAGCCCAGCCCAGUCUUUUCUCUCGUCGCGAUGCCUGACAAAAUCCUCGACGAUAUCUCCCAUCGGCGCUACAAUCCGCUGAGGGGAUCAUGGCUCUUAGUUUCCCCCCACAGGACGAAGAGACCUUGGCAGGGUCAGCAAGAAGCCCCAGGAAUCAUCACACUGCCUGAAUACGACCCGAAGUGUUACCUCUGUCCUCGAAACCCACGAGCGCAAGGCGAUGCGAACCCUGAUUAUAGUCAGACCUUUGUGUUUGUAAACGACUAUAGUGCCGUAAAGGAACAACAGCAAGAUUAUGAGGCAGAGCCUUCAAGCCAUGAUCUCGCCUCAUUGCUACUUCGCGCCGAGGGUGUCAAAGGCAAAUGCUUUGUCCUUACCUUUUCACCCAAGCACAACCUCACCCUCGCCGACAUGCCCGCGGCCGAGACUCUCCCAAUUAUCGAGACGUGGACAAGGAUUUAUGCUGCCCACCUUGCGCCGAAUAACCCCCUUUCCCAAGUCGCCGCCAAGCUCGAUCUCCUAAAUCGCGAAGCACCUCCCGAGUCCCUCGUGCCGCCGCCCUCGCAGCAGUUGCGAUACAUGCAGAUUUUCGAGAAUAAGGGCGCUGCAAUGGGAUGCUCAAACCCUCACCCGCACUGCCAAAUCUGGACAACCAGUACACUGCCGGAAGAGCCAGCCGCAGAAAUUGUUCAGUUGACCAAAUAUAGAGCCGAGCACCAAGGGCGACACCUGCUGGAGGAUUAUGUCAAGCUAGAAUUAGAGAAGCAGGAGCGUAUCGUGUACCAGAACGAGUCCUUCUUAGUGGUCUGUCCGUGGUGGGCGAUCUGGCCAUUUGAGGUUAUGAUAAUCGCCAAGCGGCAUGUGCGAGCGUUAGUAGACCUGACCGAACAAGAGAGGUUUAGGUUUGCGGAUGCGAUCCAGGAGGUAACGAGGAGAUAUGACAACUUGUUCGAGACAAGCUUCCCGUAUAGCUCCGGUAUUCAUCAGGCUCCGCUAGACGGAACAGAGGAGGAAAUCGAAAACAGUUGGUUCCACAUGCAUUUUUACCCACCUCUACUACGGUCGGCCACCGUGCGAAAAUUCUUAGUUGGAUACGAAUUGAUGGCCGAGCCGCAACGAGAUAUUACCCCCGAACAAGCCUCGGCAAGGUUGAGGGAUUGCGCGGGAGAGCUAUAUCGGAAAAAGCUCCAAUGAUAGGGGGAGCGUAUAGCGAAUGGCGAAGGUACUAUAGCAAUAGAUUAGGU